UGAACAGCAAGCCUCCAAGGAGCUCAUCGUCAAAGGCACACCAGUGGUCAGAAACAGACAUGAUGGACGUGCCCGACCCGUCCGACUUCCCCACACCCGACCUACGCGCCCUCGACGCCAGCUUGCGAUGCACAAUAUGCGGCGAGCUCUAUGAUGGACCCGUGAUGCUAACGGGCUGCGGUCAUUGCUUCUGCUCUGUGUGCGUGCGACAGCAUAUACAGAGGGAAUCAGACUGCCCUUCAUGUCGAAUGAAAACAAGUGAAGUCGCGUUUAGGCCCAAUUCGGUGUUAGAGGAGGUAGUGGGUGCAUGGAAGGAAGCCAGAAAGCACGUCCUUGAUAUGGCACGUGUCGAACAGACCCUUGCUGCCCGGUCUCAUGCCUCAGUCGCUCUGCAGACAAUCCCUGAGAGCUCCAACCCACCCUCAGCUUCUGUGACACCGUCAUCGGCCAGGAGCCUCAAGCGCAAGCGAAGGAAUGUAGACUAUGUAUCGGAUAGUGAGUCGAGCGAAGUCGUGCUUGUAGAUGGAUCUCCAACGCCGAAGAAACGGCCGGGCAAGGUGUCGAAAGUCUCGCGGGCGAACAGAGGCUCCGAACAGCCGUCUUCGGAUCCAGAAGAGAUACCUCUGGACCCAAAUUCGAACGAGAUCAUCGACUGUCCCAUGUGCGGAAAACGCGUCCCUCUUAGAAGCAUAAACCCGCAUAUAGACAGUGGAUGCAAGGACGUGGGCCGUCCUCCCUCAAAGAUUAGUCUCUCCCCAACAAAGGCUCGAAACAACAACGCGAAGACCCAGUGGUCUAGUCUUUUUGGCGCAGGGGGCGGUAGCAGCGGCGGUCCUGACUCUAAGGGAAAAGGAAAAGGAAAGGAUCGAAGCUCACCGUCUGAGAUCCCGACCGAGCGACUGGCAAACGCGUCGUACGAUGUGCUGAAAGACAAGCAGAUCAAGCAGCUUCUCGCUGAGCAAAAUCUUCCGACGACAGGUGAUCGGAAGGCGUGGAUACGCAGACAUAAGCACUAUCUGAUUAUACACAAUGCAACAUUGGAUAAGGCAAUGAAGAACCGGAGUACGUUCGCCGAGCUACGGCAGGAGCUCAAGCAUUGGGAAGACGAGAAAGCGAAGAAGCCUGCGAGUGCAGGCGUGAGUGACGUGGUUGAGUACACGAAAGCAAACGACGGCGAGUUUAAGCGCCUCGUUCAGGAGGCAAGACGCAAUACGAAGAAGCCGCCGCCGAAGGAUGCAUCACCUGGCAUUUCUGGUCAGAGCGAGAAGACGCCUUCCCCAGUAGCACCCGAUAUUCCAGUCAAGUCGGAAGAUAUGGAGACUUGA